AUGGACCAAUCCACAAGGAGAAAGAUUUUCUCUUUGCCACCUUUGGAGAAAAUAAAACGGGAAAUAAUGGAAAAAGAGAAGGAUCCAAAACUUCUUAAAUUCCUGGAAUAUUCUCUGGAAAAGGAAGGGAAAGCUAAUCUGGAUAAACUCAGAAUACGAAGAGCGAACGCUGCUUAUAGAUUAGCUCAAAUCGAAGCCGCUAAAAGAAUUGCUGAUCCACCUGAGCCCAAGCUACCACCAUAUAUGGUAAGCGAAGAUCUAAAGUUGUCGAAAAACUAUAUACUUCUCAAAUCAUACGUUGAAAGCAGCGUUAUUCCUCCUAUCCAAGACUCUUGGCUGCAUAAUAUCCUAGCAAAAAUACCUAAACGCCUUAAAAGCGGCAAAGAAGUUGGUCUAAAACAGGUCCUGUUGGAAGUUAGAGAAAACUAUUUUGAAAGCCUCAAGAAAUCGCUCGCUCGACAAACUUUAAAGAAACCUGAUUUACCGCAGCUUGUAAAUGAUGACCUUCUUCCUGUCCCAGAAGAACCCAAAAACAUUAAUUUCUCUAAACCUUGGCACAAGGAUUACGUAAAACACAGAAAGGAACUAGUUUCUCGUCUUAAGAUUUUAUAUCCUCACAUGCUAAAGAUUUUGGAUUCAUGUCAACGACAAUUUUCCCAAAUUAGAUUGACAGAUGUGAAAUCAUACAGAAAUAUGGGCGCCGUUGACUUUGAAAACCUUCGAACUGCUGUCCAACAAGAGGUUUCGAGUAAUGUUGAAAUUUUGAUGCAGAAAUGGCUACCAAAACUGUUUCUGCUAUUUUCCGAGAAGAACUCUUUACCAGCAUUACGUAAUGAUCAGUUAGAGUCCUUUUUCAAUUGUGUUUCUACAUUACUGUCUAUUCAGAUAAAACGGUUCUUACAACGAAAUCUCGAGGAAUGGGUAGAGUUGUUUGAUGAAGAGCACACUGAACGAUUACCUGUGCUUAAAAUGUAUCUUACGUAUGAAGAUCAAAAGGUGCAAUUUUAUCCUAGCGCUGAGGAUUUGGAAGAACUUAUACUUUUUAUCAGUGACCAGAUCACGAGUGCUCUUCAACAGAUUCCGACUGUGCAAUCGUGGCUGAACACCUCAACGGGCCCAACUUACGUGGACACCAGGUUACCUCCACACGUGUUGGAUCCUGUCAGAGCCAAACUUCAAGCAGCAGUCCGACGGUACUUGGAGGCACCCUAUCGCUUUCUGGACGAGGUGUUUGUCAAACCGUAUUCCUUCCUGCUGGACGGUUCGGAGGCGAAAAGAGUAGAUGAGUUCUUAAACAGUGAGCAGGAAUUCAGAGCUUACUGUGAGUACACGGAGAAACUGCACUCGAUUGGCCAUGAAGUCAUGACCCUCCAAAACGCUGAGUACUUCGAUUUGAUACGACUGGACUGCGAGGACGUCAAAGUCGGUCUGUCCAAGGAGUGUCGCCGGCUGGCUAACUCUCUUCUCGAGCGCAUUGUAUUCGACUUCAAGCGGAAUAACUAUGAAAUAUGCGCCUGUUUCGAAGAAAUGAGAGACCGAUGUCGCGCAGUGCCUCAAAACAGUGAAGAACUAAUAGACAUGGUUCGCUUCAUGGAAGAAGCUCGCUGCCAAGGUAUGGUAAGAAUGGAAUCGAAGAUAUCGUGGUCACGUGAAUAUCUGGACUAUCUGUUGGACGUGUAUUUAUUCACACCUGAAGACAUCGCACAAAUCAGUGCCGUGUUCACCUGGAAAUCUAGGAUUCAACCAGAGUUCGAUGAGAAUGACAAGCUCCAAGAACGAAUGCGAACGGUUGGCGAAGAAGCAGUUAUGGCUCAUCGCGAAAAACUGACCACGGAACUGAACAGACUACGAAACCGUGUAGACGAGUUCAAUGAUUACGGUGAGAUCGAUAGCGAAAUGCAGAACCAAUAUGUUCAAGACGUCAGGGCAGUGCUGAAACGUCUAAUGGACGCUGAAAAUGAGCGUGCAUGGAUUAAUAAGGAAGAAAAUCUUUAUAAGCUUCAAGUGACAAACUAUCCAGACAUAGAAGAGAUUCGUAAUCUAGCUGAACCGUUCCAGCGACUGUUCAGUGUGGUUGUCAAGUAUAGCAAAUCAGAAAGGAGGUGGUUACAUGGCGAAUUCGACAAGUUAAAUGCCGAAGCUAUUGAAGCCGAAUUAGAUGAGUACUGGCGCGAACUGUUCAAGCUUCAAAAGCUGUUCGCGGAUAGAGUGAAAAAAAUGCGUAUGGAGCUCGAUGAACGUCGAAGGAAUCAGAAGAAACGUAGACGUGACGAAGCACGCGCGGCUGCCGAGGAAGGGAAGGAUCCGGAGGCGGCCGCAGCAGUUGAGGCAGUUGCUGUGGCAGAACAGGAGCUGGAAGACGUUAAGCCGCCAGCGGCUUUGGAUAUUAUCAAGAAAAUACAAGCGCAGAUGAAGAGUUUCAAGGAGAUAAUUCCAACUAUCGGUGUACUGUGCAAUCCUGGAAUCCGUAAGCGCCACUGGGAGCAGAUGUCGCUGAUUGCAGGGCAAGACCUGACUCCAGACAGCGGUACCUCCUUAGCCAAGAUGCUUCAGUUAAACCUGGAUCAAUACAUGGAAGAGUUCGCGAGCAUUUCAGCAGGAGCAAGCAAAGAAUUCACACUUGAAACAAAUAUGAAAAGGAUGCGUGAUGACUGGAAUGAAGUGGCAUUCGGAUUGACUGCCUAUCGUGAAACCGGAGUUUCUAUACUGGCAUCCAUUGAUGAUAUACAGCAGAUGUUGGACGAUCAAAUCGUGAAGACGCAAACAAUGAGGGGAUCUCCAUUCAUAAAACCGUUUGAAGUCGAAAUAAAACAAUGGGAAGAGCGACUGCUUUAUAUUCAAGAGACGAUCGAUGAGUGGCUCAAAAUGCAAGCACAGUGGUUGUAUCUGGAACCGAUAUUCGGCUCUGAAGAUAUCAUGCAGCAAAUGCCAGAGGAGGGCCGUUUAUUCCAGGUGGUCGAUAGGAACUGGAAAGAUAUAAUGAGGAAUACCGUAAAGGAUCCAAACGUCCUUAAGGUAUCUGAAGGUUGA